CUUGUAUUAGUCAGUAACCCAAUAGAAUUAUCUUUCUUUAUUCAAGGCAUGGUUUUUACUAACAACUGUCAAAUACUCGCCAGUUCUGGUAUUCAUUCUUCAUUAUAUCACAGAUUCUAACACAUUCGAUAUAGCAGCAUGAAUUUUAUUUACAAAGAAUAUAAUCAACAGAAACAUUCAGAGAUUGGAAUGCAUAUGAAUAUUUGCACAACUCUUGCGCUCAAUGUCAAAGGUCAUUUCGAGCGUUAAAUAUAAAACAAGAGAAGAAAUUAAAUAAGUAAGAAGUCUAACAGCAGCCAGUGAAAAUUUAUCUCCCCCUGACUGCUGACAACAAAGUAUAUAUAUAUUACCAGCAUUCAACGACGCAAUAACCAACAACCAUGUUUGACAUAACAAUCACAGGAAAACUCGCUCUUUUUGUUGCCCUUCCAACCACAUUUGUCUUGCUUUAUUUGUUACUCCGGCACACAGAUGUGGGACGACAUUUGCUCCGUCGAGGGAAAAGGUCAGCAAGAUUUCUGAGCCACAGACUAAACAUUGGUCAGAAAUUGAUUGCAGAUAACGAAGAAGAAGACUCUAAAAGCUCAAAAUCAAAAUCUUCCAUGACAGUCACAGAAGUCCAAAUUCCUUCUUAUGCCACAUCAGCCAUCAUUGGCACAAACAGAUCAAGUUUACAGCGAUUACAAAAUAGCUGUAAUGUCCAAAUAGAUCUCAAACAAGAUGGUGACACAUCCUCAACAGAAGAUCAAACACUAUGUAUACGAGGAAGCUUAGAAGCAACCCAGCAGGCUGAACUCAGAAUCCAGCAAAUCAUUUCUGAUAUUUCAACAGUCACUUCAGAAGACAUGUAUAUUCCAAGUUCAUCAACUAUUUCACUUAUUGGUAACAAUUAUCAAACUGUACGAUAUAUUAACCGAGUGAGUGGUGCUACAGUUCUCAUAGACACAACAGAAAAUAGAGAUGCAAAACAUAUGCAGUUUGUCUCUAUAGAAGGUUCAAGAGAACAAAUAGAACAUGCCAAGAAACUAAUUAACGACGUAGUCGACAAGAACCUCACAUUCCAUGAAGAACCUUUGUCACAGUGUAGUAGCAGUGACACUGCAGCGCACCACAUGCAUAGAGUGGCUCACACAAAAAGUAAAUGCAGCUGCUAGAGAUUCAGGAGAACAUACAGUUCCACAGUCUCAUUUAACCAAAGAUGCUCCAACAGAUCUUCUGGAACUGAUGGUUGUGUCUGUGACAAGCCCUGGUCAUUUCUGGGCCCACAUUCGUAACGAAAAUUUACCAAAAUUA